UCGGAUUGUCAUUCCUAUCGUUUGAACCAAGAACUAGUACCAGUUUACUCAAAGCGGGAUUUGUAAACAUAAAAAUGUCCAACGAGUCGGGAUUGCCAGAUUUUGUAUCUUCUUCACAAGACGAUUCCGAUGGAAAACAUUUGGAAAUUUUAAGAUAUGCACUAUCAGUUGCAGUAAAGAAGAUAGGAAUUGGAUCUGAUUCAAUGUAUGCUAGAUUUCAGCACCAUUUCCAUCCAAUUUAUAAGAAGAAUCCUGAUGCAUUCAGAACUAUGUACUUAGAGUUAACAAGACAAGUUGAAUCAAAUUUUAAUGAGGAAGUCAAGCAGAUAUUUGAUGAAGAAAAAAUCCCAAUAUUAAUGAACGAGUUAGAUAAAUUGAUUGAUAAAGCUUGUGAUGACAUCAAUUCUUCAGCAUGGCGACCUUCAGGUGAUCCAGUGAAGGAUAGUGUUACCCAUACUAUGCCUAUUAAACUUAAACAUAAAAUGAAACUUGAGAAGAUGGUCACAGAACUGGAAUCUGUCAACAAAAUGUUAAAAGAUGCACACGAGAAGAAACAAAAAAAGUUGAUAAAAACAAAACAGAAAAUAGAUAAAAUAUCAGAUAAAUGGUCAAAGGCUGUUGAAGAUAUUCAGAAUGCAGAUAUGAAAGACAUUGAUUUGUAUUUAGAUAAAAACCAAGAUGAUUUAUGAAUGUUUAACAGUGAUUAGCAAUUAUCUUAAUGUGAACAAGCUUGUGCUAUCCAUGUCUUUGUGUUAGCAUUAAAAUAGAACUAUAUAAAUGCUUGACAAUUAAAUUGAAAUGAAUUAUAUAUUAAUAGAAGUAACAGGCACUAUAAAAGUAACAUUAAAUUGACAUGAGAUGCUAUUGGCAAAAACUUUAUGAAGAAUUGUAGUGUUUAUUGGACAUCAAAUGUAUUUGUGUUAUACAAUAAUGUGCUGUAACUAUGGAAAAAACAUAUUACACAAUAAAUGUAUAUAGUAUGAAAUGCCAAUAAUUAUUGUUAAAUAAUUCAUUGUUUUUAAAAUUCCAAUAGGGAACAUACUUUUUAUAACUGGUUUAUUUAUACAAGAAUGUUAAAUGAUUGUAAACAACUAUAAAUCAUCUCAGUACCAAUAGGCCAAGACCUCUGAAAUUAUUCAUACUCUAUAUAAGGGGGAAGGGGGAGGGGCUUUGAAGACACUGUUUGAAACUACACAAAUUGAACUUUGUAACCUGUCCCCGAUCAUACAAAAUAUUGCAGUGCCUUUCAACCACAUUUUGUAUUUUUAUGGGGAUAACCCUCAAUUUCAUUCAAUAUAGAGAUUUAUUUUGUUGGAGUAAAGUGUGUAAAUGUGGGGUUUUUUUUGGUAAGAAAACUAAAGAAGACAAGCCUUUUUUUCUGUUGUACAUUUUUGUUUAUUAGAAACU